AAAUUUAUAAGAAAACAUAAAAAGUGAAGAAAUCGGAGAUUAAAAGAAAACUAGAAAUAAUAAACUAAAAGAUUUGCGUAUAUUUGGUUGAAUUAUUAGUUUUUUUUAUUUGAUAGUGUUCGCGUGCAUGUGUAUCAACUUUUGUAUACUCCGUUGUGUGUGUUAUUUUAUUUUGGACAGCUCUUCAAUCGUCUGCCUCUCUAGCUGGCGGUGGCUAGCUGACAUCUAGCUGGGACCAAUAAAGCAAAAUUACAGCAACAAUAAUUAAGCAAUUUAUUAGUGCUUUUGUCUAAUUACAAAGAAAUUUUGUGACUAUAUAUCUCUUUACAUACAUAACUUCAAGGUCUUGUUGGGGCGCAGUGACUUGGUUAGCUGCGCACGCAUUAUUCAUUAUAAAACGCCUUUCUUUUUGGCUGUUCGAGAUUGUCACACACAGGCAGGCGAGAAUUUACUUAACGUCGAUUGUUUGGCACACAGUGUGUGUGAUCCCUUUUCCUCCCCGUCCCCGUCCUUUUUCCCAAACACAAAGCGAACUACAUCAUCAUAUAUUUAAUAACAACAACAAUCAUUACUUUCAACAAAUGGCUGACGUAAAUGACUCCAGUGAAGUCUUUGUUUUGGAAUUGCACGAGGAUGAAAAUCCCCGCGAUUCUGAUGAUGAUAAAAUUGAAUUGGACGAUGUCGACCUGGAACCAGAAUUAAGCAUAAACAUACAACAAGAAGCUGAAGGUCAGGAAACCAUACAAUUAUCCGAAGAAAAUGUAAAUCCUGGGAAAAUUAAAUUAGGACCGAAAGAUUUCGAGUUGAAAAAAGUUCUGGGAAAAGGUGGUUAUGGCAAAGUUUUCCAGGUACGCAAAACCUCUGGUCGCGACGCCAACAAAUAUUUUGCCAUGAAAGUCUUAAAAAAAGCAUCUAUAGUCACGAAUCAAAAAGAUACAGCUCAUACGCGUGCUGAGCGAAAUAUAUUAGAAGCCGUUAAACACCCUUUUAUUGUUGAAUUAGUUUAUGCUUUUCAAACGGAUGGGAAAUUGUAUUUGAUUUUGGAAUAUCUAAGUGGUGGUGAACUAUUUAUGCAUUUGGAACGUGAGGGUAUAUUUCUGGAGGAUACGACAUGUUUCUAUCUAAGUGAAAUUAUAAUGGCUUUGGGUCAUUUACACAAAUUGGGCAUAAUUUAUCGUGACUUGAAACCGGAAAAUAUACUACUGGAUGCUCAAGGUCAUGUUAAACUAACCGAUUUCGGUUUGUGCAAAGAACAUAUACAGGAAGGCAUCGUUACUCACACAUUUUGUGGUACCAUUGAAUACAUGGCUCCCGAAAUUCUUACACGUAGUGGUCAUGGUAAAGCCGUUGACUGGUGGUCUUUAGGUGCUUUAAUGUUUGACAUGUUAACUGGUGUACCUCCUUUUACCGCAGAAAAUCGUAAAAAAACGAUUGAAACCAUAUUAAAAGCCAAACUAAAUUUGCCUGCUUAUUUAACCCCGGAAGCUAGAGAUUUAGUACGCCGUUUAAUGAAACGUCAGGAAUCGCAACGUUUAGGUAGCGGUCCUGAAGAUGCGGCCGCCGUGCAAUCGCAUCCUUUUUUUAAACACGUCAACUGGGAUGAUGUAUUGGCCCGACGCUUAGAUCCGCCAAUUAAGCCACUUUUGCGCAGUGAAGACGAUGUGUCACAAUUUGAUACAAGAUUUACCAGACAAAUUCCCGUUGACUCUCCAGAUGAGACAACUUUAAGCGAAAGUGCCAAUUUAAUAUUUCAAGGUUUUACAUAUGUAGCGCCUUCAAUAUUGGAGGAAAUGCAAAGAGCCAAUCGUAUGCCAGCACGAUCGCCACGUCGUACACCACGACAAACGCAUGAUGGUUCCUAUCGUUUACAAUUUCCCGCUCAACGAGGUAUGUAUGCACGAGCCACACCACCACACGUACAGACCACCACUAACUUCCCACCACGUCCUUCGCCACAAGACGAAAUGAUGGAUGUACAGGGAUUACCAAUGUCGUAGUGCGCAAAUGCCAGCAAAGGAAACGUCGUCCAUCAUCUACAUCAACAACAAAACCAACAAUACCAACAACGGAAAGAAGACGUUUAAAAUGCUGACUUAAAAAAAAAACAGAAAUCAACAACAAAAACAGCAACAAAAAAAUGUUAAUAUAUCAUAAGUAAAGUAAACAAGAAGAAAACAAAAAACACUCAAUGGAUUCUAUUAAUGAUAGUGAAAUUUUAAUGUUCAAAAAAAAAAAAAAAAAAAAAUUAAAAAAAUUAAAGAAGAGAUAAAAA